CUCAUUUUUCAAAUAAGACAUUUAUGACCUACUUUUGAAAUUAUUGGACAGAUUUGGCCCGAAAAUUGUGUUGACUGUUAAUAUUAACGGUCAAACAUCUAUUCCGUCAAUGACUCAGUAUCCAGUGCUAAAGUGGCAGAGAUGUCAUUUUUAUUUCAAUUCUUUAUUUUCCAAUCUCUUUUUUAGUUCUUAAAAACGUCAAAAAUGAAAAUAAAACCCUAAUCUUAAACUCUCUCCUCUGAUCUCCUCCCACCCCUGCCGCCGCGGAUUCAUUUAGCUCCCUCCUCUCUCGUUCCCAGAUGCCCCAUUGUCGAUGGGACAUCCAUUCCUCCUCCUCCCCAGUGUCCUUUCCCGGGAGCAGCUCCUGGCCGGCGAGGCUUUCUGCUCUUCUUCCCAAUCCUCUGUUGAUGACGACGAUUCCACUCCUCGUCGCUGACAAUCCGGGUCAAUCAUCGCCGUUCACCAGUUGGGUUCGCACACUGCUCGGAUCGGCGACUCUGGGACUUCACGAUUGGGUCUUGUUCGAAUUAGAGCCCGGAAGACGGAAGCCAGCAAGAGGGAGAGGGACCCGGCACCGACGGCAUGAUAAUGGCGAGCUCCGCGGCCAUGAUUGGGCUGGCGGUGGCCAAUCGAGUCCUGUACAAGCUAGCCCUGGUUCCGAUGAAGGAUUACCCUUUCAUCCCCUCUCAAUUCACUCGACUGAUAAUAUGAGAAGGAUUUUCUAGAUAAAUAAUUGACCACAACCCACAGGUAUGUGGUGAUUUACUCGUCGAUAUUGCAUAUGCGGUACUCCUUUCGAUCCAUGGUGGCGGAGGAGGGGGGAGGGUCGGCGCCUCAGCAGUGAAGUGAGAUCUACGGAGGGAGUUUAGAUUAGGGUUUUAUUUUUAUUUUUCAAGUUAUUAAGAACUAAAAAAGAUACUGAAAAAAAAAGAAUUGAAAUAAAAAUGACAUGGAAGCCACAUUUCUGCCACUUCAGCACUGGAUACUGAGUCAUUGACGGAAUUAAUGUUUGACCGUUAAUAUUAACAGUCAACACAAGUUUCGGGCCAAAUCUGUCCAAUAAUUUCAAAAGUAGGGCAUAAAUGUCUUAUUUAAAAAAUGAGGCCAGAACUGUCACAUACGCUAAACUUCGGGCCAAACUAGGGUAUUAACCCUUAAAAAAAUAUGAAGCAUGUUUGAUAUUAUUUCUGAGAACACUCAUAACCCGAAAUGACCUGUAACUCGACCCGAAACCAAAUGGGUCGGAUCAAACAUGACCCGACCCUGUAACCGAAGUUCCCAACCCGAAAUUACCCAACCGACCCGAUUGUCAGGUCUAAUCGCAUUACCCAACUAUUGUUUCAGUCACUUCGACAAUGCCAGAAACUCCGUGAAAAGCCAUAUCUAAUUGCUUUGCCCAAUCCACGACCCAGCUGGGUAUCAGCCAUGAAGAUUGAGAAAAUCUCAACUAUCAACACUCGAAAACAUACAUACCCUUAUGCUGCUGUUGCUGUAUGCGAGUCAUCUCGCAAGCCAUACUAAAGAGAAUGGAGAGGGGUUCUCUUUUGGUUUCUUGAGGAAGUCAUGUUACGUAAACGAAAGAGAAGAAUAACAUUAGAGGAAUACUGGCAAGUCGGAAAGGAGGAAUGAGGACCGCCCAUCAAUCGAACAAGCGAAAAUUAGAAGGAAAGAGCGACGUAAAUUUGAAGAUCGAGAGACGAGUAGGAGAAAGGAGAUUGAAGGUAGGGGGAGAGGAGAUUGAGAGGGUGGAGGUCUCUGUUGUCUCUGAGCACCUAUUUUCCAAUUGAAGCCACUUGCCAGAUUAGUUAAAAUAAAACUUUACAUCACGAUGUGAUGAAUGUGAAUAUAUUUUGGUGUUUUUGUUAUGAACUUCAUAUUUGAAGUUAAGAAAAUAUUAAGUGUUUAAAUAAAAAAAAUAUAUCGGAAAUGUUCUGUCUUAAUUAAUACAUAAAUAAAAAUAAUGAAUAAAUUAUCUGAUUAAGG